AUGGGCUCUUUUCCUGACCAGGGAGAGAAGGGCCUCUCGCAGAAUGAUGCUCUUGUUCGUUAUCGGAAGAAGACGCCUGCUGUCUCCCGUUGCUGUGUCAUCGUCCUCGCCAUUGAGUUCCUCAUUGUAAUUGCCCUUGGAGUUGGACUCAUCAUCUCCGCUUUUCCCAUGACUCCUGCCAGCACUUCCACUGUGACUGAGGAUCUUGAUGUUGCCCAGCUCAUGGUUCGGGCCCUCAAUGCUGGUAAUCACACUUACGGCUUCCCCAAUGCCACCCGCGCUACCCAUUUUCCCCAUGGAACCGGCAACCCAGUUGAAGUUGUUACCUUGACCUCGACCCUGAACCAGAUUAAGACUGUCACCGCUGCCCCCUUUGAUGAAGUCGAGACCCAGACUACCUCCACGCGGCUCAACACCACUGUCAUUACCGGCCAAGUCAUGGAAACCGUUGUGGGCAGCACCGUUACUCACCAUGGGGACAUCAGCCUGACGAGUGCCAUUUCUGUUGUGAUUGCCACCGUGACUGUCACUGAGGACCAAAUCCCGUCUCCCACUGAGACUGCCAUUCUUUCCGCGAAUCCCGCCAAUGCUACCAUCUCGGGUACUGGACAGGAGACCUGGAGCGACACCACGGUGACAUUCACCCCCACUGUCACCUUGACCCGUACGGUCACUGAGGAUCAUCCUCUUGUCAAGUCUAACACCACCGGCUCUGGGGUCGUCUCGACGAUCGAGUCUACCACUACCGUCGUCGGUAGCACUAGUACCAUCCACAUCACACGAGAUAACACCGUCUACACUACCCUCAUGCCCCAGUCGACUGAGCAUCCUGAUGAUGAAUCUGAGCUUUCCGGGACGGUCUACAUCACCGUCACUCAGACCGUCACUCCCACUGCCACGGAAGCCAAGACCACUGGCAUUUUCAAGCCCUUUGGCCAGGACAAGGAGCCCAGCACCGUGACGUCGACCAUGACCGACUGCUCCACCGAGGUUGGGGUCCUUGAGGCUCCUGAGGUCAACACUGAAGUGACCACCCCCGUGAUCGGUGGCUACACUACUACCGUUGGCGUUGAGGUCACGGUUACAGUUCACCCGGCCAACCAAACUUCCCCUCGCUCCGAGACGGUCACAUUUACGACUCCCGUCACUUACAUCCCUCCCAGCGAUGUUGUCGCCGUCACGGAGCACCAUACCAUCACCCACACCGAGAUGGUCACCCGCACCAUCCUCGCGACCGUCAACGGCUCCGUCAUUGAGCAGGAGACGGCCGAGGCCGAGCUUAGCCAGGAGCUGGUCACCAUCACCCGCACCGUUACCCUGACCGGCGCCUCUGACCACGCGGUCACGCCUGUUCCCGUCUUCCCCAGGGCGAACGGCACUACCAUCACCACGCUCCUCUCGACCGGGACGUCCGGUCCGGCGAUGUCCUUCUCCAAUGCCACCACCACGACGGCCGUUCUGGUCUCCGGUGGUGAGAAGCGGGCUGAGCUUUUCGGUGUCGGUGUCGGAGGCGGGGCUUACUUCUCCUCCAUCGUCAUUGUCGCCGCCGCGGCCCUUCUGCUCUAAAAUCCAGAGGAACGGGAACCUCCCUGAGUCUUUGCCGUUCUCGUCCAUAGUCGUCUCACUAUCAUCUUUUUUUUCUUCUUUUUUCUUCUUUUUCUUCUUUUUCUUCCUUUCGUCAACGCCAUCGGAUUUCGAUCCAGUCUCGACGAUUUGAAUUCUGGGGCGUUUGGGCUACGGAUGACCAGGAAAACAGGAGGUAGCAUUU